AGGUGCACCGCGGCGUGCUGGUGAAGAGCCUGGCUGCCAGCGUAGCCCCGCCGCGACGAGAGGUCGACGGGGCAGCCGCAGCGGCCUCCAGGGUGCGGCGCUCGCUGCUCUGCGGCGCGGCACUGGCCGCGCGGGCCGGCGCGCGCGGGGCGCUGCUGCUGCAGCUGGCCUGGCAGCUCGCGCCCGGCUUCGGCGGCGAGCCGACAAUUUGGGCAGGCCUGCCGCCGGCGAGCCUGCCACCCACCGUGGCGCAGACCCUGGCGGACUGCGCCGCCUGGCACCGGUCGUGCGGGCGCGCCAUGGCGCCUCCCCAGCUGUCGGCGCUGCCCUUCGUCGUGCUGCUGCUCAUGGACGCCCCUCGGUGCGGCCUCGACGGCUUCGAGCGCCUAGUGAAGGGCCCCCUGGGCCUGCUGGGCGCCGCGGUGCUCCUGUGCCGCGCCGCGCCGCCGCUGCUGCGGGCGCUGCUGGCGGGUGCCGGACGCAGGCACGCCCUGAGAGGGCGAGGCGGCGACGAGUGGGCGUGGGCGUUCUGGCUAGGUCUGUCCUCGCUGAUGGACCAGUGGGUGAGCGACCGCUGGGAGGUUUACCAGGGCAUGCCCAGGGCUAGGGAGCUGCGGUCCGCCAGGCAGUUCGUCGCUUCGGUGGUUGCCGACUGCGCGUCAGCAACCAAGAAGCCCCUGCAGAGCGUGCCCACGCCCCAGCUCUGCGCGCACUGCUGGACCUGGGGCUUCGAGGGCGAGGAGUGGUGCGAGUCCUUCUACUGCACGGGCGUGCUCCCAGGAUAGGAGGACUACCACCAGCGGCGCAGCGCCCAGGGCGCGGCGAAGGCCGCUAGCGCCGCGCACCCCG